AUGGUUAAUUAAUAAACAAUAAUCAAAAAAAGAAAAAAAAAUUAAUAAGAAAUAAAAAAAUACAUUAAUAUAAUAAAAUAAAUGGUAAAAAACACAUUGAAAAAAUAGGUAGUUAAUAGAUUAAGAAAUUAGCCAAAAAAUCUAAAUCAAAAUCAUUAAAAAAUUUUUAACAAGAAAUUUUAUGUUUAACAACAAUUUUAGAUUUAUAAAGUGAAUGAAAUUGAACGUACAAACAAAACACAUUUUUAAAUUGAUAUUUUUAAUUAGCAAAAACAAAUAUACAUAUAUAUAUACACACUCAAAAUAUUUAUCAUUAAAAAAAAGUAUUAUUUUCGAUAGGAAUAUAUAGAGAGUAAAUAAAAUCAAAACAAAAUUUGA